GCCCCCCAAGGCGGGGGCCCAGGUUAGGGAAGGAGAGUCAUGUCUCAUUUGGAGCCGCUCUGCAGACCUGUAAGGACCAUGGCAGGUUCACCAGACCAAGAGGGCUUCUUCAACCUGCUGAGCCACGUGCAGAGUGAUCGAAUGGAGGAGCAGCGCUGUUCAUUACAGGCUGGGCAGGACCAGACCCCAGAGAACCAGGGUAGCCCUGCGCCCGAGAUGGACAAUCUCCUGGAUAUGCUGGCCAGCACUCAGGGCCGCCGCAUGGAUGACCAGCGUGUGACAGUCAACUCUCUGCCUGGCUUCCAGCCCAUUGGUCUCAAGCUGAUGAUUCUUCAUCCACAGGACGGAAUGCAGAAGCGACCUGGGACCCUCAGCCCUCAACCCCUGCUCACCCCUCAGGACCCUGCCGCACUUGGCUUCCGCAGGAACAGCAGCCCCCAGCCCCAGACACAAGCUCCCUGAGAACUCCAGUUAUCCUGGGCCCCCCACUGGGCCCCUGAAAGCAGACAAUAAAAGACUGGACACAAGCAA